AUGGGUGAUUUAGUGAAGCAGAUCCUGGCGAAGCCGAUCCAGCUGACGGAUCAGGUGGUCAAGGCGGCCGACGAGGCUGCCAAGUUUAAGCAGGAGUGCGGCGACCUCAAGUCCAAGGCGGAGAAGCUCGGUGGCCUCCUCCGACAGGCGGCCCGCGCCAGCAGCGAUCUCUACGAGCGGCCGACCCGGCGCAUCGUGGCGGACACGGAGCAGGUCCUCGAGAAGUCCCUCGCCCUGGCCCUCAAGUGCCGCGGCCACGGCCUCGUCCAGCGCGUCUUCACCAUCAUCCCCGCCGCCGCCUUCCGCAAGAUGUGCUCCCAGCUCGAGAACUCCGCCGGCGACGUGUCCUGGCUCCUCCGCGUGUCCGCCCCCGCGGACGACCGGGCAGACGAGUACCUUGGCCUCCCUCCCAUCGCUGCCAACGAGCCCAUCCUCUGCCUCAUCUGGGAGCAGAUCGCCACCCUCUGCACGGGCUCUCCCGAAGAUCGGGCCGACGCUGCCGCCUCCCUCGUCUCCCUAGCCAACGACAACGAUCGCUACGGAAAGCUCAUCAUCGAGGAAGGGGGCGUGGGUCCCCUCCUCCGCCUCGUCAAAGACGGCCGUCCCGAGGGCCAGGAGAACGCCGCCCGCGCUCUCGGCCUCCUCGGCCGCGACCCCGAGAGCGUCGAGCACAUGCUCCAUGCCGGAAUCUGCUCCGUCUUUGCCAAGAUCCUCAAGGACGGGCCCAUGAAAGCCCAGGCCAUGGCCGCCUGGGCUGUCUCCGAGCUGGCCGCCCACUACCCAAAGUCCCAAGACCUCUUCGCCCAGCACAACAUCAUUCGCCUCCUCGUCAGCCACCUCGCCUUCGAGACCGUGCAGGAGCACAGCAAGUACGCCGUCGCCAGCAAGGCCACCUCUAUUCACGCGGCAGCUGUCGUAUUAGCCAACAACAACAAUAAUCGUAAUAAUGGUGUGACUGAGAAUAACAAUGAUGAAGACAACAAGGGCGGAGGCCUCUUGCCCCAUCCGUCCGGUAACAAAAAGCAAAUGUACAGCGUUGUGAAGAGCACAAUGUCCAUCAAAGCUCCCACCAACGCCAACGGCAACGUCAAUGUCAAUGUCAAUAAUGGCAGCCAUCACCACAUCCACGUACAUAGCCAGCGGGCAAGGGAGUCGGAGGACCCAGAGACAAAGGCGUACAUAAAGGCGAUGUGCGCGCGCGCCCUCUGCCACCUGGCGAGGGGCAACCCAGGCAUCUGCCGGAGCAUCACGGAGUCACGGGCGCUGCUUUGCUUCGCGGCACUGCUGGAGAAGGGGGAGGCUGAGGUGCGGCGCCAGUCAGCAGCGGCCCUCACGGAGAUCACUGCGGUGGCGGAAGGGGACGCGGAGCUGCGGCGGUCGGCUUUCAGGCCCAACUCGCCGGCGUGCCGGGCGGUGGUUGAGCAGCUGCUGGGAGCAGUCGAGAGGGCCGACCCGGAGCUUCUGGUGCCGUGCGUGAAGGCCGUGGGGAACCUGGCGAGGACUUUCAAGGCGACUGAGAAGAGGAUGAUUGGGCCACUGGUGAGGUUGCUUGACGAGCCUGAGGCCGAGGUGUCGAGGGAGGCUUGCGUGGCUCUUGUGAAAUUUGCUUGCACGGACAACUACUUGCAUGUUGAUCACUGCAAGGCCAUAGUGGAGGCAGGAGGGGCCAAGCAUCUUGUGCAGCUUGUGUAUUUGGGGGAGCAGACAACUGUGCAGAGUGCAGCGUUGGUUCUGCUGUGCUAUGUGGCGAUGCACGUGCCGGACAGCGAGGCGCUGGCGCAGGCAGAGGUGCUGCCCGUGCUCGAGUGGGCAUCCAAGCAGCCGCUGUCUGGGCAGGUCGAGCUUGUCGACAGCUUGUUGCCGGAGGCCAAAGGCAAGCUGGAAGUCUACCAAUCCAGGGGGUCACGAGGGUACCAUUUAUGA